CGGCAGACGCGCAGUCAGUAUGCGAGUAGCUUUCGCUGCGCACGCGCACCAAAAAGACGUGCCCAUACAUUUUCAACUUACGGACGUUGCGCUAAUAUCCGUCCUCCGAUAUUGUUCGUUUAAAUUGAUUCCUUUCAAAGAUAAUUUAGAACUGUGUUUCAAACAUAUAUAAUUUUUGUUUUCUGAGACAAGGAAAAAUGUUAAAGUUAUGAUAUUAAACCAUAAAUAUAAACAAGUUAUGUUUUGUGUGUUCGUGCGACGGUAAGCAGAAGUGACGUUCGGCGGCGGCGGGCACAAUGAGACCGCCGCAGAAUUGGCACAAAUGGCUAGUGUUGUCGCUGCUCGGAUUGGCUUUGUCCGCUCGUACAAUUGGCUGCGAUUACAGUUCCAUCGCCGAGAAAUUUGGAGCGGAAGCGGUGGCUCGAUGUAAUGAAAAAUGCCCUUUCCAGAACCGAACGGGAGACGGACAUUUUGAUGUAAGCUGUGGAUCUGACUGCAGUAUGCAACAAUGCAGGCUCGGUUGCAGUCUUUGGUUAGAUGGACUCGAAAACACUUGCCCAAUUGUUUGUAAUGUCACUUCGGAAACGGUUUUCUCUCGAGAGUUGUACUGUGUGAUGGGUUGCAAUGAAGCACUUAACACUUAUUUUCAAAAGAUCAGAGAUUUAUUAGGCACUCCUCCAGCCCCGGCUUUGGUAGCGGACAGCCUCACGGCGACUUCUUUAUCUUUAGUAUGGGAUGCGCCUAAUCUAGGAAAUUUGAGUUAUCUUGUUCAAUGGCGUUACGAGGAAUUACCGGGCACUUGGCAGUACUAUUCUAAUUCGAGCCAUUCCGACAAAUCGAUUAUUCAUGUAGAGAAUUUACGACCGUACACAAAAUAUAGAUUCCGCGUUGCCAUAUUUCUAUCGGGCCACAGCGGUGCUGGAGAACCAGUGUAUUCGAAGCCAUCGGUCGUAAUAUCGACUUUAGAGAGUGGCAAGCCAAGCUCUGCCCCCACCGCUCUGAGAGCUGCUGCUCCCGAUCCCAGCCGAGUCGCUAUUUCAUGGGAACCCGGACCUUUCCCCAACGGACCACUCAUAUCAUAUGUACUACGACUUGCGGACGCUCAGCCCAAUACGAAUGAUGCUUUAGAGGACAUGCCGGCAUCAAACAAUACUCUAUUCUAUAUGUUCCAAAAUUUAGCGCCGGCAAGAGAGUACGAAGUGUCAGUUGCAAUGCGUAAUUCCAUCGGAGAAGGACCUAGGGCUUACGUCAGAAUAAAAACUCCAUCUCUACCUACAUCUAUUCCUAGUCAGCAACCAAUUUUAAUUCUGGGAGGAGAGCAUAAUAUUCUUGCAGCGCCUGCCAAUGACAUGCUGUCUGAUCCCGUUGAACUUUACAGCACUGAACAUAAAAUUACAGGUGUUGGUCUCGACUUUUCCAGCGAUACGUUAUUCAUAUCCGUAUCAGACGGAUUCGUGUAUCGAAGUUCCUUAGUUAAAAAGAGUAUUUCUGAACCAAUACUUACGCCUAAGAACAUUUUAUAUAAACCUUUGGAUUUGUCCGUGGAUUGGUUAAAUCGACAUUUAUAUGUACUCGGUGAAGUAUAUUACACAAGGGAAAGCUCUAAUUGGUCGAACACGAGCCUAUAUUCGAGUUGGGAAAUAUUGAGAUGUGACUUUGACGGAAAAAAUCAAAUCGUCGCUUUAUCAGGGUUUAACUCCCGUCCGAUACACUUUGAAGUGGACGCUUACAAUGGGUAUUUGUUUUGGGCACUCCGUGGUGUUGAACGCGGUGGUCUAUAUAGAUUGGAUUUAGCAAAUAUUUCAAAUGGAGUUCGACACGACGCUCCACCUGAACUCAUUGUAAGAGACGCUCACCUCGGAGCUUUCACAGUAGAUCAUGCAGAUUUUAGACUUCUCGUCGCGCACCUAAGACGAAAUACAGUCCUCGCAGUGUCUCUAGAUGGACGUGAAGUUACCGAUUUUAGAAGCAACACUCAGACACCCAUGUUCUUCUCGGCACGCUCAAUCGCAUAUGCUAAUGGUCUGUUUUAUUGGACUAACGGCCAGGAAAUGCUAACAGAAGAGUAUCACGAUCAAAGUGACAGUUACUUUCAUAACGAAUAUCCUCUAGCGUAUAACACAAAAACUGUCGCAACCAGACAAGUACUAGUCGCACUGAGAAGUUGUCAACCGAUUCCUGUUCCCGUUAAUCCUCCUUUAGGUGUUCAAAGCGUUAUGGGAAUAAACAGAGCGAAAGUUUCGUGGUCGCCUCCACAUCUUUUAGGUCACCAAGGAACAGGAGCCUGGCAGCAAUGGACCUUUCAUUUACAACUGACAGAACCGAUAUCUGGUGAAAUUAUUAAAAUGGCAAAUAUAAGCGAGUCAAUGUACAACGUCGAAAAUUUAAUCCAGGAUACCGAGUAUGUUAUUCGAGUAGCGGCUGUAACUGAGUCCGGAUCGGGACCGUGGUCAUCAGAGUUUGUUGGGAAAACUUUGACGUUCUCUCCUACCACUUUACAAAGUACUUUGUUGUGGUCAGGUCCCGACGGACUUUUGCAAACGGAUUUGACUGGGGACAAAUUGCAAACUCUAAUUCACAGAUCCCAUCUUAAGAAUUUGUACAUCACGGACAUUUCAUGGUACAGAGAUAAACUUUACCUCGUAACAAACGCAUCGACGGUAAUGUGGUACAACACCACGACACAUGAAAAGGGAAUAAUGCCCAAUAUGGACAACGUUGGAAGCUUGGCUGUGGAUUUUGUCGGGAAAAAGAUUUAUUGGUCAAAUCCUAAGCAACAACUGAUAACGCGAGGGAACUUUGAUGGUGGAAACAGAGAACCCGUCCCUAUAGUAACUGUGGCGAAAGAGCUCACCAUUGACUCAUUGGGAGCCUACAUAUAUUGGAAUACAGGUCACGCUGUGGAAGCUGCGAGAUUAAAUGGCGAAAACAAAAUUAUUUACUAUCCAGCACAAUUGUUUAGUGGAAAACAAGUUAUGGGUUUAACAGUAGACUUAGAAAACAAAUGGUUGUAUUGGUUAGUCAGAAGUUAUGAUGGUUCGGAAUUGCAUCGAGCGCAAACGGCGGACCAAAUAUCACUUGGAACGAAUGAGGUUUCCGGUUCAUUAGUAACACGUUUAUCUGGAACGGCGACACUCGGACCGCUUUGCUAUUUCAGUGGGAGACUGGUGUGGGUACAGGACGCCUCCAGGGCUGUCGUGUCUGAUUUAGCGGGGAAAUAUACUGCAGAGCUCAUCCCACGCGUCCAUGUAAUCGCUGUUAGGGACCCUACUCUACAUAGAGACAGCGAGUCACUCGUCGCUAUACCGGAGACAAUAAACGCGACUUCAAUCAAGGUGGAGGGCGAAUGGGACAAGUUUAACGUGACGUGGGCCCCGGCGGUGCGCGUUAACGUCAACAACAGCAGAGUGUACUACGACGUCAGCUUGCAUUUCCACGGACAGUACAAAAUUGAGAGGACGGUGGACGUGCCGUGGGUGGAGCUGUCUUCGCGCGCCGUGUCGCCGUACAGCAGCAUGGACGUGACGGUGCGCGCGCACACGCAGUGGGGGGGCGGCGCGGCGGCGCGCGGGGCGCUGCGCACGCCGCAGGCGCCGCCCGCCGCGCCCCGCGCGCCGCGCGUCUACGUGCACGCCGCGCACAGCGGCGGCCCGUUGACUGCCACGUUCCGCUGGCAGUCUCCAAGCAGAAGUAACGGCGUGGUGCGCGGGUACGAGGCCCAGUGCUGGGCGGUGGGUGCGCGCGCGGCGCCCGCCAAGCCUUCCGCCUGCGCAGAUGCGCGCCUGUCACCCCUUCAUACGCAGCUCAUGCUGCGGGACUUAGCACCUGCUUCCACAUACUUUUUUCAGGUUCGAGCAUUUACUGAUGCAGGGUUCGGGCAAUACUCUGAAAUUGUCUCGGCUUCAUCUGAUGACAUCAACCCCAUUCCCAGAGUGAUGAUAUCAUCCCAAGAGUCAAUAAAAAUUGUUGAUUUGGACUCAGGAGAGAGUGAAAUUAUUCCAAAGAGUACUGGGGUGCCGAUAGACUUUGAUGUCGCUAUCGAAGAAAAUGUUGCUUACUGGGUUAACAAUUUAGAAGAAAUGUUCUCAUCCUGGAUCGAUGGAAGUGGAAACUUUAAGUUGACAUCAAUCAACGGCACUGCGAGUAGUAUUUGUGUGGAUUGGGUCAGUCGAUCUGUCUAUUGGACCCAACGAGAGUUAGCCUCUACAGAGUCAUACGUAAUGUAUCGAGCUGACCUAGGAAUUGCUAAUUCCCGGCCACACGUAACACGAGUGCUGACUAGGAAACAACCGAUACACAGCUUGCAGAUCGCUCCUAUGUUGGGAUCCUUAUACUGGUACGAAGAAGACAGUCACCCAGGCUUCGGAGUGCUAAUGACUUCAAAAAUAGACGGCAGUAAUAUCAGAACAUUUUUUAAUAAUACAGACGAAGAUGUAUCUUCAUCUGAUUUUCAAGAAGAAUGCAAGUGUCCCGAUAAUCCACAAAUUGCAAGUAGCUUCGUAAUUGACUUAACGAGUAAUAAUUUCGAAUUGUAUUGGGUGGAUCCUUGGACUCAUCGAAUUAUUGUAUCUGACUUACAUGGUUGCUCUUGUAGAGUGAUCAUUGAUGCUACGGAGAAAAAGAAAUAUGGGUUUACACCAAUGUCGAUCACUGUAGACAGCAAGUAUAUUUACUGGUACAAUUCAACAGAGAAGAAUAUUUACUAUACGAGCAAAUUGAAAAAAAAUAAAAUAGAACAAGUCAAAACUACGUUUGGAUACAAAAUAAUGGCCUUAGACCCAGCGAGCCAGCCGUAUCCUCCUCGCCUUUGCUUAUUUCCAAGCCUAGAGAAUCUCUAUCCAAACGUGACGUCACAUUCUGCAAACAGUAUAACUCUUCAAAUGCCACCUGUGACCAAACCGAGUAAAUGCACAAAAAUACUGUAUGAAAUGACGUCUACUGAAUUUACUAUAUUUUAUCGAUUACACUCGAGCAACGACACGAGUAUCUGUGACCGGGAGUCGUGUCCUUACAUCACGACUGCCAACAGUGAAGUUGUCCUGACUGACUUGAAGCCGUUCACUAAUUAUUCUGUACUGCUAGAAGCCACUAACUACUACGCUAAGCUUUACGAAGUGAAGCCAAUAGUUGGUACGCCAAUUAUCUUGCAGACUGCAGCCGAAGCUCCAACUGCUCCGACAGGAGUCACAGGAGUAGUGUUAAGCCCAGUGCUAGCUCGAGUAGAAUGGACUCCAAGUCCUGGCCUGUGGUACGAAUUGCACUGGAGGACUGAUGAUACACCAUCUCUUUCGCAUAAAUUGAAAGAGCACAACACGUUCGAGGUGUCGUCGGGCCGCAGCGCCGACAUGACGCGCCUGUCGGCCGCCACCGCGUACACGGUGUGGGUGCGCGCGCGCUCGCCGCACUCGGCCGUGGCGGCCGACAGCGCGCCGCUGCGCCUGCGCACGUUCCCCGCGCCCGCGCCGCUCGCGCUGCACGCCGCCGCCGCCUACGCGCUCGUCGUCAUCUGGCCGCCGCCCACCUCCUACCGCAUCCACCAGUACGCCGUGCAGUACACGGAGGCGUCGAGUUCCGGCGACGAGUGGAAGUCGUGCGAGCAGAGCGGGAACGCGGAGUGGUCGGCGAGGGAUCUGCGGCCCCGCACCCGCUAUCGCUUCCGCCUGCGCCUGCAGUACGUGCCGCACUCGCCGCCUUAUCACUGGCCACACGACGACCGGUUCACCUACGAAACUCCAGGCGACGUGCCGGGCCCGCCGGGAGCGCCGCGCGUGGAGGCGGUGGGCGAGCGCAUGCUGCGCACGUGGUGGGCCGAGCCCGACGCGCACGGGGCGCCCGUGCUCGCCUAUCGCGUGUGGGGGCGUCCGAUCGGAAGGAUAAAUUACGUCGACGACAACAUGACCCAGAACAUAAGUGACAUGUUGCCGGCCAACUUACCCGACGACGUCGACGACGAGAUGAAGAAGCGCAUCGUUCGCGAGGGACUCGAACUGCUCCACAACGGAACCGAGUCGUACUGGCUGGCGGGCGCGGGCGCGGUGGCGGCGGGCUACUGGGCGCGCGUGCAGGCGCGCAACGAGUACGGCUGGGGGCCGCUGUCGGCGCCGGGCGAGCUGCAGGCGGCGCUGGCGGCGCGCCCGCACGGCGCCGCGCUGGCCGUGGCGGGCGCCGCGCUGGCCGCGCUCGUGCUGGUCGUCAGCGCCGCCGCCUUCUGCGCAUAUAAUAAUAGAAGCAAGAAAAAGGCUGCUAUAGAGAGUCAACUGACCGCUAACAUCGUAAGGAGGGGGCCCGAUGUGGAGCUGGCGACUCUCCGACAACUUCCGAUCAGACAUUCGACUAAUAUAUUAUAUAACCAGGGCGUCCACUGUCCAUCGGACGCAGAACUAGCCAGCUUACCACACAUAAGGCGGGAACAGAUCACUCUCACCAAAUUCCUAGGCUCGGGCGCCUUCGGUGAAGUGUUCGAAGGAGUCGCGCGACAGAUAAACAAUAGCAACACCGACACUAAAGUUGCUGUUAAAACACUGCGUAAAGGCGCAACAGAACAAGAAAAGACUGAAUUCCUGAAAGAGGCAGCUCUGAUGUCCAAUUUCAAACACGAACACAUCCUGCGACUGCUGGGCGUCUGUCUCGAUAACGACCCUAAUUACAUCAUCAUGGAGCUAAUGGAGGGAGGCGACCUACUCAGCUAUCUGCGGUCAAAAAGGACUUCUCUGUACACGGCGUCGUCGCUGACGCUGCUGGACCUGCUGAAUAUGUGCGUGGACGUGACGAAGGGCUGCCGCUACCUGGAGGAGAUGCACUUCGUACACCGCGACCUGGCGUGCCGGAACUGCCUCGUGGCGUCCCGCGGGAACACGCGCGUCGUCAAAAUCGGGGACUUCGGCCUCGCUCGCGACAUCUACAAGAACGACUACUACCGCAAGGAGGGCGAAGGGCUGCUGCCGGUGCGCUGGAUGGCAGUGGAGUGUCUCGUGGACGGCGUGUUCUCUUGUCAAUCCGACGUGUGGGCGUGGGGCGUCCUCUGCUGGGAGGUGCUGUCGCUGGGCCAGCAGCCGUACCCCGCGCGCACCAACCGCCAGGUGCUGGCGCUGGUCCGCGCCGGAGGAACACCCGACCGUCCCCCCAACUGCCCCUCCGCAUUCUACGAGUUGUUACAAAAAUGCUGGAGUUACUCUGCCGAAGCCCGUCCGUCGUUCCGCCACUGCCUCGAGGUGGUGACGGCGCUGCGAGACAAGACUUCCCCCAACAUCACGCUGACGGCGACCGCCGAGCCCGCCCCGCACUACCUCACGCUUCUCGGAGACGAUGCCGUCGACAACCGCACCUACCUGCUGGACGAGAACGGCAAUGCUCUAGACGAAGAUUUCCCCGAGCAAGAAAUGGAGCCGUCGCACGCGCUGCCGGCGCGCAGCCCCAAGUACCUGGAGCUGCUGUACGCCGGCGCCCCCCCCGAGCCCUGCGACGGCUACGAGAUCCCGCGCUCGCCGCUGGCCUACGCGCCCUUCUCGCGACACAGCAUAGUGGGCGUGGCCCCCAACAGGCUCAUCAAGCCACCUCUCUACAGGACGCACUCGCUGAGGGCCAACGCGAGGCCCCCCAACGCGACCAUAGUCCCCCUCCGGAACGGCAUCGCGAAGAGAGCCUCUCUGAGCGAGGGAGUCGAGCGACCCCUGCACGAGCGGCCGGGGCCCUCGCGGAAUAAUAUAGACUUUGAUAGGCACAUCUUUAAGACUACAUUUUGAACUGUGAUAUUAGGCAACUCGUUUUAAUUCCACCGAGAUACCAUAUUUUAAUAUUUAAUUAUUUAUUUUGUAAUGAUAAUCGUAAAUGUACAUAUGUGGAUCGAUUCGCUGUAAAUAUAGUGUAGGCUGUAGGAUGGGUUACCGUAGCCGAGACGGCUGGGAAAUGAAACUAUGUGGUCAUAAUAGUUAUGCAUUUAUUUUAUUGCUAGAACUUAUUUUAACAAAAAUAUGUAGAUGGUUCUUCUAUGAUCUGUUUUUAAUAAAUCGGAGACGUCGUAUGUAACAGUAA